CUUCGAGCCCACCGUGUCCGGCCCAGAGCCCACUAGCCCCCCUCGAUCCCACCGGCGACCUCCCGCCGCCUCCGCCGGGGACAAGCCCCCCUGCGCGCCGCGCUGCAAUGGCGUUCUCCUUCGCCUCACCGGCGCCGCAGAAUCCGUUCCAGACGCCGGCGCAGGCCCCGUCCCUGUCUCCUUCGCCGUUUCAGUUCAACCUGCAGCAGCCGCAGCAGCAGCAGCAGCAGCCGCCGCCACAGCAACAGGCGGCGCCGGCCGCGCAACCGCAGCAGCAGCAGCUGAUGCUAUAUACGACGGACGGGAAGCCCGCGGGGUACAACACGAAGUGGGAGGAGCUUCACGCCGAGUCGCAGAAGGCGCUGCUCCAGAUCGAGGAUAAAAUAAGGGAGUACAGGGACGAGAGCGAGAGGUUGGAUCAGUGUUCUCGCCUUCAUGACUCUUCAAUCUCAACUGUCAAUUUUGAGAAUGAUGCAAGUGAAAUUGCUCAGGAACUUGGAGGGACAACCACCAUGAUGGAAAGAGAGAAGGCUUCCGUUCAAGAGUUAAUGACUGUUGUGAAUGAAAUGAUGCGAAACACAGAAUUUGCUAUUAGGUCAUAUAUGAUGCUGAGACCAAGAUUUAUCCGUCCAGGUGCUGGAGCAAAUGGUGGUGGCUCAAAUCCUUCUGGUCCUGCUGGAGCUCAGUCCAAUCAGCCAGUAGCAUUGGCUCCAACCAUUGAUUUCUAUAGUGGUAUCCCAAAGCGGCCUUCCCAUUUUAUGCAACAGACUAUCAACAGGUUUGAGAAAUAUCUUGGAGAAUGCUGCAAGUGGAUCGCGGAGCUAGAGCAGCUUGUUCAAAUGGAGAACAAUAAAAGGCAAUCAGCCUCAUUAGAAUCUCUACCGAAGGUUAUGUCGAAUGUGCAUGAUUAUUUCAUCUAUGUUGCUUCUAAGGUGGAAAAUCUUCAUCAAUAUGUUGAGUCAUUGAAAACUGAAUAUCUACAUGAGCAGCGGCGAUUGGGUAAUGCCAAUGAUCCAUUUUUAGAGGCAAAUAGACGAGAAGCGGCUAAACAAGAAGCAGCUGCCAGAAGGGUACAUCCAACAUUGCAUUUGCCUGCUCCUGUACAGCCCACAACUCAAAUUGCUGGAACAGUGACGAGUCAACCACAGCAAUCAUUGAUUCCUUCUGGAGCGACUUCUUCAAGUGCUUUUCCAUCAUUCAGCACUCCAGCUUCCGCUCCAUCUUCUUCAAGUCUCUUUUCAACUCCAACAACUCCAACUCUAUCCAGCAACCUUUUUGGUACAUCUGGAUCAGCCCAGCUGUCCACACCAUUUGGGACAGUCUCUACUCCAACGCUUGGAUCAACGCCGGCUCCAUCUGGAUUUGGGAAUACAACUCCAUCUUUUGCUUCAACGCCCGCUUUAGGUGGAACCUCACUGUUUUCUACGCCGUUCGGAGGUGGAGCUACAGCUUCAGGAUCCAGCUUUGGUGGUACAUCUAAAGUGCGGUCAAAACCUCGGGGCCGACGCUAGGUGUAGCUGAUGAGCGUGAAAUGUGGGUGCCUCUUGUAUCUCUUUUUCCUCGUCUUUCAUUUUUCCAAGAAUGCGCAAAAUAUUUGCGUCUUUUCAUUAAGACAGAGGGAAAGGUUCUCACCAGUGGUUACAAAUUGGUCUGAACUAUGGAAACAUAUUUCAGACUCAUAUUCCUCCUGUCUUAUGGAAAGAACUUGUAAUUAAUUUAUCGGUGAUUGUAGUGGAGCAUGAUUGGUUUUGUGACACUUAAUAGAUUCUAAUGUAUGUGCCCCAUUUCAGUACUAUCAGAAUGUGCACUUAUAACUUA